CCAGUCACAGCACAGUACCAGGGUCUGCCCAGUUCUGCCCUGCUGAGCUGGCAGACUGAUGGAUGCCUGGAGGGUGCACAUGCUGCCUGGCACAGAUGCCACGUGGGCUGGUGCGAAGGGGGCCAGCCAGACGAAAGGUGCCCUGAAGAGUCUGCCUCCCGCCCAGUGAAACAUGGAGAGGAAAAUCCCGUCCAGGGAGAGCCCCAGGAGACUCUCAGCCAAACCUGGCAAAGGCGCGGAGAUGAGGAAAGGGGUGCGCCAGCUGGGGACGGCGGCCGCCGAGUCGGACAAGGACUCUGGAUUCUCAGAUGGGAGCUCAGAAUGCCUGAGCUCUGCAGAGCAGAUGGAGUCCGAGGACAUGCUGAGUGCCUUGGGCUGGAACCGAGAAGACAGGCCAAGGCAGAACUCCAAAGCUGCAAGCAAUGCCCUCCCUACGCUGUCCCCCAUGGUUGUCAUGAAGAACGUGCUGGUCAAACAGGGAAGCAGCUCAGCACAGCUGCAGUCAUGGACGGUGCAGCCCUCCUUCGAAGUGGUCUCAGCCCAGCCGCAGCUCCUGUUCCUUCCCCCGCCUGUUCCGUCUCCGGUCAGCCCAUGUCACACGGGCGAGAAAAAGUCGGACCCCAGGAACUACUUGCCCAUCCUGAACUCUUACACCAAAAUAGCCCCACACCCAGGCAAGAGGGGCCUUUCCCUUGGCCCAGAAGAAAGAGGAAUGAGUGGAGCGCAGAAGAAGCUCUGCACCGGGAGACCGGGGCCAAACCUGGCUUCCCGCGAGCCAGCUAAGACUGGUGCUGUCCCCUCCCGUCCCCCGACACCAGCGCCGCGGGGUGCCAAGCUUGCCGAGGACUCCACUCUGCAAGGCGUGCCCUCCCUGGUGGCUGGUGGAAGUCCACAGACUCUGCAGCCAGUGUCCAGCAGUCACGUGGCUAAAGCCCCCAGUCUGACCUUUGCGUCCCCUGCCAGCCCCGUCUGCGCGUCGGACAGCACCCUCCAUGGGCUGGAGAGCAGCUCGCCCCUGUCACCCCUGGCGGCACAUUGCAGCUCCCCACUGUGGGCUGCGGGGAACCUCUGCCGCAGCCCAGAGCUCUUCUCGGAGCAGCGGCAGAGCCGGCACCGGCGCUUCCAGAACACCCUGGUGGUCCUGCACAAGUCGGGCUUGCUAGAGAUCACCCUGAAAACCAAGGAGCUGAUCCGCCAGAACCAGGCAACUCAGGUGGAACUCGACCAGCUCAAGGAGCAGACCCAGCUGUUCAUAGAGGCCACCAAUAGCCGGGCCCCUCAGGCCUGGGCCAAGCUGCAGGCCUCUCUGACGCCCAGGGCCAGCCACACUGGCAGCGACCUAGAAGCUGUCUCUGACCACCCAGACAUAUAGCACAGAGCAUCUUCCUGAUGCCUGAGUGGUUCUUUCAACUCUUUUGCUGUUACCUACUUCUGUUUCCCAAAGCUUAUGUAAGCGCUUUUCCUUCUAAACUUAAACUGUGUGGGGGGUCACCUCGGAAGCCACAUGCUAAGACCUGGCUGCUGUCUUGGCCUGUGCUCUGGGCAGAGGUGACAUAUGUCUCUCUUCCACUGAGGACCUCAGCUUCAGAGUGUCCUUGGGUCCCUUUUCCUUGGCUUGCAGGCACUUAAGUGGGUCAUGGGGCAGAGCAGGGGAGAUGAUUGUGUGGGGUGCUUCUCUGUGUCACCUCCUCCCAUCCCACUCACCAGGAUCCAGGGCGUGGUGACACAGGUGUGUGAGACAGGGAGGCGACAUAAGGAUCCCUUCAUGGGUCUUCCCUGGCCUGUCUUAUUCACAGAGAAAAACUUGGGAGGAGGUGUGUUUGUGUCCACCAGGCGGUGUGCCAGUGGGUGGAACCUCAGAUGUCCUGGGCAUGGGUUGUACCUGAGUAUAAGCACCUGAUUGCACAAGUGGUGUUUUCUUAAGUCCUAAAGUGAAGGGAAAGGGUGAUACCAUUUGACUCAUACACUUUCUUCACAAACUAGGUUUCUCUCUACUUAAAGCAGUAGGUGAAAUACUUUUGAUUUGUAAGGUGUGGGAUGUAUUCAGUACCAUCUGGAAUCAUAGCUGAUGAGUUAGAGACCCAGGAAAACAGACAUGACCAGCAUCUUAUGGUUGGGAACCGGAAGAGUCCGAUAACUUGGGUGUUUACUCAGGUUUUUUUGAAACAGUACAACCUGUUUUAUGUCUAAAAAUCUUGAAAGUAGCUGCUGUGGUUCCUGGGGUGCAGGAUAAGUUAACCCUCUGUUGCCAUCUUAGGGUUUUUGUUUUGCCUUUUGUUUUGACAGAAGAGGAAAGAAGUGAUUAUUAUGCUUGAUAAACUUUGAAUUCAAUAAAAUUGUCUUCUGGAAGGUAUGAUAAUAAGUAUACAAAAAAUUAGAAAGCACUCUUCUCACCCAUUUUUUUCCCCUCCCAAGUUUUCACUUGGUCCAUGUCACAGUGGUGGGAGCAGGCGCAGAGCAGGGCCUUGUGUGUUUCUUCAGUGUGUUCAGUGUAGGCUGUGCAGUCAAGGGGUGGUGGUGGUCACAUGAAGUUCAUCUCAGAAUGGAGAACGUGCUGAGUUUCCAGAUGACACCCGUUCGUCUCAGCUCAUCGUGUGGGUAACUAGACUCCUAAGUAGCAAAGUUUCAGAAUAUUCUCUCAUUAAAAAAUGUCAGCCUCUUGGGGUCCUUUGUUCUUUACAAAGGUACCUUUGUGUGAAGUUGUAUGUGACCAGCUUCAUCUUUCCUGCAAGGUGUUCUUGAAAUUUCACCAAGACCAGAAGUCGAGGGUCACAUUCCUAGGAGUUGCUGGCAUCACGGAAUGAUGAGGCAGCCUGAGGUUGCCUGUGCUGUGUUCACAAACACAUCUGAUUUAGAUGCGAAAGGUCUAGAAAGAGGCAACUCAGUAACAUCACCAGACUCCCCAGGCAUCAUGGAAUUAUUACCUGCCAUUUGCUUUCUGAAGGAGUUUCAAAAAAUGAGAGCAAGUGUGUCUUUCAGCCGACUCGGCUCCUUUUAGACCUUUGAUCUUGGCCCACGCCUUGCCUCCCCUGAAUCUAUGGUGCUGUAGCCGCUCCUUGUGCACCAUGCCAGGAAGCUUCCUUUUUGGCAGAAUUGUCUGGCAGCAGAGCUAAAGAGACAGGUGUGUUCAGAACAGCCUGGGCACCAGUCAUGAGUCUUACUGAGUGUCAAAAAUCUGAAAGCACUUGCUGAGAACCAAAUUUAUUCCAUUGGAAAAGCCCUCUGCGGAGCACUGAGCCUCUUCUUCCUAGAGGAAGGCUUGCAUUUCCUUUCCUGUCACAGUAAGAGCGGAUGAAAGCCAUCAUCCAGCCUCUGGGCGAGCAGCAGGGGAGGCAGUCCUGCCCCGGCUCUUCUCCAGGCUUGCAACUUGGUGCUUCCCUGUCUAGGCUGUUAAGCAUGGGUGUUUACUCCCCAGUGGAGACACGGGGUCUCGGAGGGAGAGAUCCACUGAGGCCAGCAGACGUUUGGGGUCGGAAGCCAGAUCGGCCGGCGGAGGAGCCUCAGAGCUGACCAGAAGGAUCUCCAGCACUCGCACAGGCUGUGAGUAGCGAGGGUCAUGACAUGCGUGAAGUAGCUGGCUUGGAAGCUUGGCAGAGCGGCGGCGUUCUGGAGUGAGAAGCCACUUUUAGCUCAGAGCAGCCCUUAAGAGAACUUUGGCAGGUUUUGUUGCCAUAUAGAAGCAUGUCUAGAGAAAGUUGCUGAUUGCAAUGGUUAUGGGAAUGGAGUUGAGUGACAUUUGUAACUUAUCCACCCUUGUUGCUUCUUAUUGAUUAUAGUUUUGUCUGCCUUUUCUUGUCUGCUAUGGUUCCUUUAGCAGAAAAGUAACCCCCGUGCAUAUAUUGAAGUAGUUUUCCAGCUAUGAAUUCUUUAGGGUAGACCUUUAUUUAGCAAAUGUGAAUUCUUUUGAGACAGUAUGAAGUUUUCUAGAAAUUGACUGUGAAAUGUCAGAGAAAAAUAAAAGUCACUUACUUGAAAACUA